AUGGCAUACAACGACGGGCCAAAUAAAAAGGGUGCCGCUCACACAGAGCACCACGAUGCCCCUCAUGGGGGUCGCCGUGGGAGCACCGCGGAGCAGCUCGCAGCUAAGCACCUGCACGAGGUCAACGAUAGUGAAGAGUUACGUGGGAUUCUCACCGCGGCCGAAAAUGCUGCCGCCGCAGAACAUAACAUGACUUUCAUGGAGGGUCUCCGGGCCUAUCCUAAAGCCAUGGGAUGGUCAAUCGCUCUCUCCACCUGCAUCAUCAUGGAGGGCUACGAUACAAUCUUGAUUGGCAACCUCUACGCUAUGAAGCCCUUCAAUGAGUACUAUGGCCACCCGGACUCGCAGGGAGGAUACUCUAUUUCCGCCGCAUGGCAGUCGGGCCUCACCAACGGCGCCAGUGUCGGUGAGAUUCUAGGGCUAUAUGUUAGCGGCUGGCUCGCAGACCGUUAUGGGUACAAAAAGGUUUUGGCGACGGCGCUCGUCAUGAUGACUGCCUUUAUUUUCAUUCAAUUCUUCUCUGUUAGCCUGUCGAUGCUGCUGGCGGGCGAGAUCCUCUGCGGCCUUCCGUGGGGAGUCUUUCAGACACUAACUACGACCUACGCCGCUGAAGUUUGCCCAAUUCACCUUCGUUGCUAUCUCACAACUUAUGUCAAUCUUUGCUGGGUUAUCGGACAACUUAUUGCUUCGGGCGUGCUGCGAGGAACCGUCAGUAUGAAUAGCAAAUGGUCAUACAAGAUCCCUUUUGCUGUUCAAUGGGUAUGGCCAAUCCCGAUCCUCAUCGCUGUGUUGCUUGCCCCAGAGUCUCCUUGGUGGUUCAUCCGCAAGGGCCGAGUUGAGGAAGCUAAACGAUCAGUGGAGCGUCUGCAACGAAAAGGCACAACUGUCAAUGCUGACGAUACCGUGGCCAUGAUGGUCCACACAGACCAAGUUGAGAGGAAGAUCAGCGAAGGAACUGGGUACCUGGAUUGCUUCCGGGGGCGAGUCAAUCUCCGCAGGACUGAGAUUGCGUGCCUAACCUGGAUCUGCCAGACCAUCUGCGGUUCCUCCUUCAUGGGCAAUUCGACAUAUUUCUAUGAACAGGCCGGUCUUGCCGAUUCUUCCGCUUUCGACAUGACAAUCGCCCAAUUCGCCCUGGGCUUUAUUGGCACGGUGCUGUCCUGGCCGUUGAUGGCCCGUGUAGGUCGCCGCAAGAUCUACGUCUGGGGCCUCUUCCUCCUUACUGUGAUCCUCUUCGUCACUGGAUGCCUAGGCAUUCCUCCAAAGGCAGCUAGUCGCUCCUGGGCAAUCGGAUCGCUUCUUCUUGUUUACACUUUCACCUAUGACAUCACAGUCGGUCCGGUCUGUUACUCCCUCGUCGCUGAGCUGCCGUCGUCGAGACUUCGCCAAAGGACGAUCGUGUUAGCGCGAAACGCCUACAACAUCGUUGGGGUCGCAUACACUAAUAUCAUCGGCUUGUAUUCGCUGAACCCAACGGCAUGGAACUGGGGAGCUAAAUCGGCAUUCUUCUGGGCCGGUAACUGCGCUUUGUGUUUUGUGUGGGCUUAUUUCCGACUUCCGGAGCCCAAGGACCGCUCUUAUGCAGAACUGGACAUGCUAUUCGAUCAAGGCGUCUCCGCGAGGAAGUUUGCAACGACCUAUGUCAAUCCUUAUGAAGUAACCGAACGACGAUUCGACCAAGAUUCCGAUUCCAAGGAGAAGAAUAUGAGUCACGUUGAGUGA